UAACUACUCCUGCUUGAAUCGAAAAGAAAAGAUUAUUUCCGGACAGAUUAGGAAGCGGCAGCUCACCAACGUAACCAACCCAUAACGAAUCAGUCCUAUAAAAAUCAUUACAAUUCAGAUGCAAAGAACACAAGCAAACAGGUAAAUUAACCAGGCAAUUAGCAGCAUCCGAUUCAAGAAACCAAGAGGCCUCUGGCGUUAGCGAAGCGAGGAGAGGAAUGGCGGUGAGAGCAGCAGGGGCAUUGCCCGUGGCCUGCCUGCUGGCCGCCGUGGCGGCCAUGGUAGUCGCCUUGGCGUCGGCUCAGUCUGGGUGCACGACAGCGCUGAUCGGCCUGUACCCGUGCCUGAACUACAUCAGCGGCAACGUGUCGACGCCGCCGGCCUCCUGCUGCUCGCAGCUCAGCAGCGUGGUGCAGUCCAGCCCGCAGUGCCUCUGCGCGGCGCUCAGCGGCGACUCGUCGGCCCUCGGUGGCGUCACCAUCGACAAGACGCGCGCGCUCGAGCUCCCCCAGGCGUGCAACGUGCAGACCCCGCCGGCGAGCAAGUGCAACUCUGCUGGAGGUGGCAACGCUCCGGGCGGCGCUACGCAAACCACGCCGUCGUCCGGCGCGUCGGCGGGCGCAGGAACCGGCAGUGGAUCGAAGGGGACGCCGACGUGGCCGUACCUGACAUCCGGAGAAGCGUCGCUCCGGGGGCCGGUGAGCCUGGUGCUCGGAUUCGCGGCUGUCGCCGUCUACGCCGUCUCGGCCAUAUGAGCAUCUUAGCUCAUGCCCUUGGAUUCAGGAAUUUUCGACACGUCGUGUCACUGUGCGGUGGUAUUGGUUUGGCAUCGGCGAUGGUCGAUCGAGUUUUGUGCUUCGCAUUUGUAGCAUUGGUUGUUCCCAUCCAUCGCACUAAAAACGAUACUGAUUGAUCGUGGUUUCGUUGCCAUAAACUCUUCAUCGGUUCCAGGUGUUCAGUUAAUCUGUCCGUAAUUCUACAGCGCCCCUGAAUUUGAAUCAA